AUGCCUGAAUCCGUUUUUGUUUCCGGAGCCACUGGCUUCAUCGCCCAGCACCUCGUCAAGCUCUUGCUCGAGAAGGGCUACAAAGUCGUCGGCACCGUGAGAUCUGAAUCCAAAGGUACCCACUUGUCCAAGUUGCUCAACUCUCCCAACUUUUCAUACGAAAUCGUUCCCGACAUUGAGCCAGAGGGGGCUUUCGACGAGGCUUUGAAGAAACACCCAGAGGUGACUGUGUUUUUGCACACCGCCUCGCCAUUCCACUUUAAGGCCACAAACUCCGAGGAGGAAUUGCUCAAGCCUGCCGUCAAUGGUACCAAGAACGCCUUGAAGGCGAUUGAGAAGUACGGACCUCAAAUCAAAAAAGUCGUCGUCACCUCCUCAUAUGCUGCCGUCUCCACUGCUGAGAAGGAGGGCGACGCUUCUCACACCAACAACGAGGACUCGUGGAACGAGAUCUCUUGGGAGGAGGCCAAGAAGGAUGCUUACGCUGGUUACCGUGGAUCCAAGAAGUUUGCCGAGAAGGCCGCCUGGGACUAUGUUGCCGAGGAGAAACCCAGGUUCGUGAUCAACUACGUUAACCCAUCCUUCGUCUUCGGCCCUCAGGCCUUUGACUCCGAACUCAAGGACAACUUGAACACAUCCUCCGAAAUCCUCAACGGGUUCUUGAAGAUGAAGCCUGACUCAAAGGUGCCGGGAACCAGAGGUGGCUUCGUCGACGUCAGAGACGUGGCCAAGGCUCAUGUUGUUGCGUUCGAGAAGAACCUCUCCAACGAGAGAUUGUUGCUUAACGCCGGUAGAUUCGCCGCCCAGGACAUUCUUGACAUCUUGAACGAGAAGUUCAGUGCCUUGAAGGGCAAGAUCCCUGAAGGUAAGCCUGGCACUGGCAAGGCUGUGAACGACAGAAUGUGCAAGAUCGUGAACGACAAGACCAAGAAGAUCUUGGGAUUCCAAUUGAUCGACUUGGAGACCACUGUCUAUGACACUGUCAAGCAGAUUCUUGACGCCAAGGCUAAACUCUAG